AUGCAAGACAACUCGAGAACAAUGACAGAAAGGAUUGGAAUUCACUAUCUAUUCGAAGAAAUCGAUAUCACAGGCGUGCGACACUUGAAGGCUCGGAAUUUGAGCGCCCGAUCAACCUGGUCGGGAAUACUUGUCCUAUUCACCGCGUUAACUUUGUACCAAAUUUAUGAGCAGAUCGAUGAAUUUCUCGGAUUUCCAACAGUUACUAAUAUUGAAGCCGAAUACCCAUCGGAGAUUUUGUUUCCGGCUAUCGCUGUUUGUCCAAACAAUCAAUAUCGAAUCUCGUACCUGGCGUCAAAAGAGGUACUGAAACGGGUACCGCCUGAUAAUCGGACGAUUGGGGCGAACUGGGCGUUUUUCAUAAAGACCAUCAACAGAAUGUGGGACGUACCUGCAGAGGAAUUUUUGCGUUCAGCGGUUCCUGAAUUGAAUACGACGAUAAUUUCAUGCACACUCCCCGAUGGUACUGCUUGCGAUAUGAGCCAAUGGAAACAAAUCUGGACCAUCAAUGGCCUUUGUUGGGCUUUUAACUACGAUAAGGGCUGGCCUAUUGUCAUUGACGAGGCAGGCCCGAGCCACAGUUUACGAUUAAUUCUAAACGCUGAAACCUAUGAAAGACCAACGAUUUGCGGCGCUACCGUAUCAACUCCGCCUGAAAAUGGGUUCAAAAUUUUGAUCUACGACCAAGAUGAGCAACCAAUUUCGACAGCAACCGGAGCGAGCGUGGUGCCCGGGUUUUCGACAAAUCUUCCGUUCCGGAUCAAACUGCGAAGAAAAAUGCCUGACGCCGGUUGCCUCGAGGAGACCGAUGUCACAGCUGCUGAAGCGGAGGAUUUCUUUGAUGAGAGGAAUAUACACACCUGCGCAGGCCGGCUCUACCACCAUCUAUUCGAAAACCAGUGCAACUGCUCCGUUCGAAGUCUUUAUACGGGGUGUGAUGGUACGAGCUUUACGAGUUCUGAUGCCGUUCAGCACGCUCCAAUCUCACGAGCUGUGACGUCGAGAUGUACUUUAGCUGCGUUCAGUACAUCCAACAAAGGUAACCCGGGAAGGGAUUUAUCCGAACUUCCAAAAUCAAUCCUUCCAUCUCGCGGCGAUUAUAUGCUUGGAUUACCAAAGGCAGAAGCCUCCGAAAAGCGCUUCGUCGGUUUUGGUCCGGAUGGCUCGCGAGUGUUUGAAGAAAAAGCGGUGAACUUUCAAGCUGGAAUUCCU